GCAGCGCUGCUCUAUCACCAUUAAAGAAAAAGAAAGCAAAACCAGGAAGUGAUUUUGUAAAAUUUGAAAAAUCAACUUUACCAAAGCCAGUAUUCUUCAGGAAAGCCAGGAGUGCCAUCACUUCCACCAGGGCAUCCAUGCAGCUGAACAAGCUGCAGUCGUCCAGCUCCAAAAAAGUCACAUUUGGCUUGAAUAAAAACAUGACUGCUGAAUUUAAAAAGACUGACAAAAGUAUAUUAGUGAGCCCAGAAGGACCCUCCCGUGUGGCUUUCAAUCCUGAACAGAAACCCCGUCAUGGGGUGCUGAAGUCACCCACAGGUACCCCAGCAGGAGAACCUCAAGUGAAGAAACCAUUUACUAUAUCAGCUAAGAAGAGACCAACUGCUAUGGACUUCUUUUAAACCAACAGAUGUGGCCUACUUUUGUACAGGACAUUUUGCUAACCUAGAAUGUUCUCUGGACGUAUUUUAAACUUCUUUAUUUUUUUAAGUUAAUAUGAAUUGUAUAUACAAAAUUCUGAUUGUGACCUGGGUCGUCUCUAUUUUGACACCAUUUCAGCUGUAUCUUGAAAUACUUGUUUUGUCUAUUUACAGAAAAGAAACAAAAUCCAAUCUCUGCUCAGGUUUGAUCUACAAAAAGUAUGGUCUCUGCCCCUGUCAUUCCCGAGAGACGUGUUCAUUUAAUUAGGCAAUGUUCAGGGU